ACUCGCAUUUAGAUUUUGUCAUGCUGUGGUUUCUAAAUUUACCAUGGCUAACUUCAGAUUCAUAGAUAUAGGUAUUAAUCUUACAGACCCCAUGUUUAGGGGAAUAUACAGAGGAAACCAAAAGCAUGAAGAUGAUUUUCAUCAGAUAAUUGAAAGAGGUCUUAAUACUGGGGUUCAAAAGUUUAUAAUCACUGGUGGAAACCUGGAGGACAGCAAAGAAGCCCUCAAACUUGCUCAGAGCAGAGAUGAGUUCUUCAGUACUGUGGGCUGUCACCCAACAUGCUGUGCUGAGUUUGAUCAGCAGGGGGCAGAGCAGUACUUCUCCGCACUCAGAGAGCUGGCCAUCAACAACAGAGGAAAGGUGGUAGCUAUCGGGGAAUGUGGCCUGGAUUUUGACAGAUUAGAAUUCUGUCCAAAAGAGACCCAGCUGAAGUACUUUGAGAAGCAGUUUGAUUUGGCAGAAGAGACCAAACUUCCUAUGUUCUUACACUGCCGAAACUCUCACAGAGAAUUCCUGGAUAUUAUGAAAAGAAACAGAGAAAGGUGUCUUACAGGGGUGGUUCACUCCUUUGAUGGGACAAAAGAAGACGCUGCCGCUAUCCUAGACCUGGAUCUUUAUAUUGGCAUCAACGGAUGCUCCCUGAAGACCGAGGCAAAUCUAGAGGCCAUGAAAUCUAUACCCACUGAGAGACUGAUGAUUGAGACAGAUGCCCCAUGGUGUGGAAUCAAAAACACUCAUGCAGGAUCAAAGUUCAUUAAAACUACAUUUCCCACCAAGAAGAAGUGGGAGGUGGGGCACUGUGUGAAGGACAGGAAUGAGUCCUGUCAUAUCAUACAAGUACUGGAGGUGAUGGCAGCAGUGAGGAAUGAGGACCCAGGAGAGAUGGCCAGCACAGUCUAUAAUAACACGAUGAAGGUGUUCUUUUCCGGAAGCUGAAACCACAGGCUCUACGGUUUUGUAAAAUGUUCGCCUUGAGGGAUAACACAGCCGAUCUUUUAAUGCCAAGUCUCUCUCACCUUUGCUUGCUGCAUGGAAACCAUGCCCUGUGCGGUUGAAACAGACUCGAAAUGAACCCAGACCUGAAAUGGAUUUUAAAUAAACCCAUGUGCUUUAAAACUUGA